UCAGUUGGAAAACGUGACAUUACGAAUAGGAUACCCUGACAUGCUAUUGAACAUAUCAGCACUCGAAACUCGCUACCCAUACGUACCACUCUUUCCUUUGAACAUUUCUUUCUCAGAAGCCUUGUACCACUUUAAAGAAAAUUCAUACAAAAUGCGCUUGCGUAAGCUUCGGUAUCCAUUCGAGGGUAAUUUGGGUUGGGACCACAGUCCAAGAAAAGGUCACCCUACUCACGAUUUACAUUGGACGAAAAUUGAAAUUCCCUACACACUCCUUGUAUCUCCAUUUUUCCAGCAGGGACUUCCACGCUCAUUGAACUAUGGUGGCAUCGGAGGCGUAAUUGCUUCCGAGCUGGCUCAUACCAUCAGCAUCAUAGGUACCAAGGACAACGUAAAAGGGGAAUAUAAAAGCUCAAUGACUGAAAAUUCCGUUGCGUCGUAUAAGAACAGAACUUCAUGUUUCCUGAAGCAAUACAAAGCGGAAGACAAAAAAUUGCUCCUGGAACUUGAUGAUAGAUACAACGAAAAUACCAGCGCUGAAGCAGCC